CCAGGAAGCCUCUGUCUCGGCUACACCGGACCAUGUGGGCCGGGUCAUGAGGACAGUGUCCUCACUGCGGUGGCAGCUGGUUUGGAGGUCACCUAGGGCUGGCUCAGCUAGCAGGGGAGGGUGCUUAUUCCCUGCAUUCUUUGGGCCCCUUCCUUGUGGCCCACUGAGGAAGUGUUUGUGGUGGAGCCCCUGAGGGCCUGGUGGGGUUGAGCAGAAUGAGGGAAGGUUUCAUGGAGCAGGGAGGGGGUCCGCUAGGCCAGCAAGUGAAGGAGGGACUGGCCUUCCCAAUCCCUCAGGGGUGUUCCUGCCAGCCAACCCCCUCCCCCGCUUCCCCAUGAAGGGGUGGCUGUUGGAAUUCUGCACUCCAUCUCUUGUGAUUGUCUGGGCCCAGGACAAUGGGAUGGGCGUUUGGGGACCUCACCCCCCAGCAGACAGGAGGAGCAAGCCAUGUCCCAGCAGGCUAGGGCAAGGGACCCCCGAUGCCAACAGUGCCUUAUCAGCAGGUGCCAGGCAAGGCCAUCCCCGGGGUGAGGGCGACAUCUCCCUGGGCCCUGUUAUCAGUUGCAGAGUCCACAGGACGCUCAUUGGGUUAACGUGUAACCAUGAGCCCUCCCCUCCACCCCCUGGAGCUACCCACUCCCAGAUUAGGUCGCUCUGAGGGUAUCAGGCCAGCAUGGAUGCUGGCAAAGCAGGGUCGACCCUGAAGACUCACUGCUCAGCCCAGUGCCUAGAUGUCUGCAAGUGGCUGAUUCCCUUCAUCCUCUCCUGCUGCGUGUACUUCUGCCUCUGGAUUCCCGAGGACCAGCCGUCCUGGGUCGCUGCCCUGGUCAAGUGCCUGCCCAUCUUCUGCCUGGCUGGGUUCCUGUGGGUUGUGUCCCCAGGCGGGAGCUACACUCGGCUCCUCCAGGGAGCCCUCCUGUGCUCGGCUGUGGGGGACGCCUGCCUCAUCUGGCCUGAAGCCUUCCUCCAUGGUGUAGCUGCCUUCGCUACAGCCCACCUCCUCUACCUCUGGGCCUUUGGCCUCUCUCCCCCGAAGCCGGGCCUGCUACUGCUCAUCUUCCUGGCCUCUGGCCCCUACCUCAUCCUCAUGCUGCUGCACCUUGAGCUGGAUAUGGUCCUGCCCGUGGCAGCCUACGGGCUGAUCCUGAUGGCCAUGCUGUGGCGUGGCCUGGUCUGGGGCGGGAGUGCCGGCUGGGGCGCGCUGCUCUUCACACUCUCUGAUGGUGUGCUGGCCUGGGACGCCUUCGCCCAGCCCCUGCCUCACGCUCGCCUGGCGAUCAUGACCACCUACUACGCUGCCCAGCUCCUCAUCUCACUGUCGGCUCCCAGGAGCCCGGGGCCCAAGACGGACUGACUAGGCAGCUUGAAGGGCGAGCUUCCAGGCCCUCUCCUCCCGCAAGGACUCGGGCCUCCCAGACCAGCCCAGCCUGAGAAGUACCCUCCACAGCAAAGCUUCCUCACGCCUGUCUGCAGGCGCAGGCCCCGCCACCGCUGCUCCCGGCUGAAGAUGUUUAAGGACCAUUCACGGAAUUCCGAGUCCACUGUGGGGUUCCAGCUGCCUUCCCCCAGUUCUGACUCCAGAUCCCCAGCUCCUCAGCCAGGCCCACAUGCGGCCCUCCCAGCCACCAGCCCGCCUCCGAGUUCGCUGUGGGCCCCACGGUCCACCGGCCCCUCCUGGCUGCUCUGAGUCGGUUUCGUUGUCUAAGUACAGGGCGUGGAAGUGUAGGUGCUGCUGUCACUGUGGGAGAGGCAUGUGGAGGGUGACUGUGGCGAUGAACCAUCUUGGAUCAUGGCAGCGGACGUCUUGGUCACUCCCCAUGAGCCAGGCCUGGUGCCCAGUGGGACCCUCCGUGGCUCUCUAGUGGGGGGCAUUUGAGGGGAUAAAGGUGAGGAUUGUGCAGAACUGAGCCAAGAGCACUGUUGAGCCUCUGCGUUUGUUUCCUGGGGUUGCCGUCACAAAUUACCCCAAACCAGGUGCUUUGAAAUGAGGAAUGGGCUCUCCUGCAGCUCUGGAGACCCAAAGUCCAAGAUCAGGGUGUUUUCCGGCCCUUGCUCUCUCCUGAGGCUCUGGGGAAGAAUCCGUCCUUGCCCUCUUAGCUUCCAGAGGCUCCCAGGAAUCACUGGCUUCUCUUGGCAUGUGGCGGCUGUGUCUCUCCCAUCUUUAUGUGAUUGUCUUCAAGCCCACCCUAAACCCAGGUGAUUCUAUCUCAAGAUGCUUAACUAUGUCUGCAGAGACCCUGUUUCUAAGUACUGUCACCUGUAUAGGCACCUGGGCUUAGGACUCAGACAUAUCUGCUUAGGGGACACAACCCACUACAGUCACAUGCAGUAUCAGGGGAGAAGGGUAGGAGGCUUGAGGAUGAGGGGCCUUGGAGGAGGGGAGGGUGACAAGGGGGAGGAAUCAAAUAGGAAAGAGGAACCGAGGUGUGUUCCUUGCCUUGGCUCUGUGACCUUGGCAAGUUGCUGUCCCUCUCUGGUGUUUAGAUUCUGCAUCUGAGGACGUGACAGGGUCCAAGAUGCUCUCCAAGACCCUACUUGACUUCCACAUCCAUGAUGUGCCUUUAGUUACUCAUAUAGCAGGGAGGUGACUUCUCCAUCCCUGGCCAGCAUUAGGGACUCUUACAGCAGAGAGGUGACUUCUCCAUCCCUGGCCAGCAUUAGGGACUCUUACAGCAGAGAGGCGACUUCUCCAUCCCUGGCCAGCAUUAGGGACUCUUACAGCAGAGAGGCGACUUCUCCAUCCAUGGCCAGCAUUAGGGACUCUUACAGCAGAGAGGAGACUUCUCCAUCCAUGUCCAGCCUUUGGGGAUUCUUAUAGCAGAGAGGCAACUUCUCCAUGUCCAGCCUUUGGGGAUUCUUAUAGCAGAGAGGCGACUUCUCCAUGUCCAGCCUUUGGGGACUCUUACAGCAGAGAGGUGACUUCUCCAUGUCCAGCCUUUGGGGAUUCUUAUAGCAGAGAGGCGACUUCUCCAUGUCCAGCCUUUGGGGACUCUUACAGCAGAGAGGCGACUUGUCCAUGUCCAGCCUUUGGGGACUCUUAUAGCAGAGCCGCGACUUCUCCAUCCAUGACCUGCAUUUAGGGACUCAGAUGUGAGGGUACAGAGGUGGGAAGGGAAGGUGGGGAACCUGGAGGACCGGGACCGGGACCAGGAAGGAAGGUGAGGAUGGGAAUCCACAGUUGGAGUGAGGAGAUCCGGAAGCUGAGGAGAGAUUUCCCUGAGGAAGGGUCAGGCAGGAGGAGGAUGUGAAGGAUUGGACGCAGGCUUGAAGCUUCUACUUCCUCCUCAUCUCCUCCCCUCCUCCCCACUCAGACCUGACGAAAGGCAGGGAAAGAGGAAAUCCUGCAUCGAAGUGCAGCAGGAAGGACUGGGUCUGGGUGUGCAGAUUCCAGGGCUGCAUGGCGCCUGCAGACAUGAGGGGUCCUGGGGUGCCUGGUGCUGUUAAUAAGUGUGGAUGCCAGAGAGGAGGGACUGGGACUGAAAUCCUGAGUCUGGGAGAAGGGAGCUGGCAACUCAGACCCCUGGGUCCCAGGGAGGGGGUGCUGGGGUCCUGGACUCCUAGGUCUGAGAGAGGAGGGGCUGGGGGCCUGGACUCCUGGGUCUGAGGGAGGAGGGAGCUGGCAACUCAGACCCCUGGGUCCCAGGGAGGAGGGGCUGGAGGCCUGGACUCCUGGGUCCCAGGGAGGGGGUGCUGGGGUCCUCGACUCCUAGGUCUGAGAGAGGAGGGGCUGGGGGCCUGGACUCCUAGGUCUGAGGGAGGAGGGGCUGGGCCUGGACUCCUGGGUCUGAGGGAGAAGGGAGCUGGCAACUCAGACCCCUGGGUCCCAGGGAGGAGGGGCUGGGGGCCUGGACUCCUGGGUCCCAGGGAGGGGGUGCUGGGGUCCUGGACUCCUAGGUCUGAGAGAGGAGGGGCUGGGGGCCUGGACUCCUGGGUCUGAGGGAGGAGGGGCUGGGGCCUGGACCCCUGGGUCUGAGGGAGGAGGGGCUGGGCCUGGGCUCCUGGGUCUGAGGGAAGAGGGGCUGGGCCUAGGCUCCUGGGUCUGAGGGAGGAGGGGCUGGGGACCUGGACUCUUGGGUCUGAGGGAGGAGGGACUGGGUUCUGGAUUCCUGGGUCUGAAGGACAAGGAGUUGGGGGUCUGGACUCCUGAGUCUGAGGGAGGAGGGGCUGGGGUCUGGACUCCUGGAUCUGAGGGAGGAGGGGCUGGUUCUGUAAUCCCUGGUGUUUGGGGGAACAUUCUGGCUUUGGGUCCCUGGGCUCUGUGGGGUCGACUGUCCAGAGUGAUGGGGCGCUGCUCUCCUGUGGGCACCCAGCAGUCCCAGCAUCCUGUCCCUCCUCCCUUAUUCUGGCCCCCCAUGUCCUGUCUACCUUUUCAAAGACCUGCUUUCUCAUGAUCUAUCAUUUGCGUUUAUCAAAAGCAAAACUCCCUGAGCUGCUGCGCACAACCCUCUCAGGCUCCUUCCAGCCCUGCCGGGACCAAGACCUGGGAAAGUGGCAGAAUGCCAGGUCCCUCUUCCCUCGCAGACUGGGGUGGCUGGUAGGGAUGAGGUGGGUGGGACUCAGCAGCCUUCGUCCUCAUUCUGCAGGUCAGACCAUCCCUGGGUCUGAUUCCCUGUCUGAUCCCUCUGCAGGCCCUCUGGAUCACAGCAGAGGCCACAAUAGCAGGUUAGUGACCCCAUCAUCCUCCAUCCUGCACUUCCAGAAAGGCCCGUGGGAUUCCCUUCCUAGCGCACCGCAGCCUUCUCCCCAUGUCUCGGCCCCCAAGGCAGACAGAAUCCUGAGUGUGGAGGCUCCAGCUCCAUCACUCUGAGCUGGACAGCUCCAAGGGUCCAGACCUGCAGACCUCCCUCCACUGGGUCCAGUGCCAUGGGGCGGGCAUGGCCAGCAGGAACACAAGCACGUCAGACUGCUGGCUAGUGGUGGAGGGACUUCAGCCUGGGGCACCUCUACACCUUCUGUGUGUGGGCUGAGCAGAAAGGAAUCGGUAGCCCCAGGGACAUCCUGAGCGUGUUUACAGGUAAAAGGGGCUCUCUGUCCACUGCCCAGUAACGUUUAUGGGUGUGUGUGUGUGUGUUUGCACAUUUGUCAAAGUGCCAGGCUGUGCACUUUAGUCUCAUGAUGGGAACCACAAACUUCAUCAAAAGACUCUCCAUAUUCCUAACCCAGUCCCUAGCCUGGUCAUGCAGGCUCCGACCACCAGCUCCCUCAACCUGAGGCCCCUGCAGGCCCAGACCCCAAGACCUGCACCUCCUGGCUCUGCUGGCCAGUGACUCCUCAGACAACAGGGUGCCCAUGGAGAGCCUGGCUGCAGGGGCCCAGAAGCAUGAGGCCAGCAGCCCCAGCCAGAUGCUCAUAGAGGCCAUGGGUGAGGGGUGACAGCACCCCAGGCUUAGGGAGUAGGAGGCCUCUGUCUUCUGGGCCCCACUGAUAGGGUGUAUUCCUCUGCUGCAGGCAGGGCUGUGGGGAGGAGGGGUGCUUCCCUUUGCUCUGGAGGCCCAGGGACUAUGGUCUGUGAAGCAGGUGCACUGUGCACUAGUUACUAACUUGCCGGAGUCCAGUGAGACGGAACACCACACACGCAGAAAGUUACACCAAGUGGGCUUGUUACUCUCAGAUGGGAAGCAAGGGGCAGCAGAAGCCCAGGGUCCCUUGUGAGCUGGUCCUUCAAGGCUUAGGGGAGUUGCCUAGGGAGGAUAGGGUCACAACUGUGUGUGCCUCACUUGUAUGGCAGCCUAGGACCCCCAAAAUUAUCCAAUCCUGGGCUUUAUACUCUGGGUGAAACCUGAGUCACUGAGCUCGAGCAUUGAAGGGCAUCCUGUUUCUGGGGCGGGCGGGAACCAAGCCCAGGCUGCCUGGCCAGUCCUUAAGUCCCAGCACAUUCUACGGUUAUUCUUGAGAACUGCAAGUGAGAGCAGACCAAAUCAGUUUACGGCCACUCAGAGAACCUUCCUGCAGGAACCCCGACCCUUCCCUUCCUUGCCUAGUCAGGUAAUGGAUCUGAGGAGACAGGCUCUGACCCUGAGUUCCGUCAUGCUAAGGUGUACAUUCCGCUGGGCCCAGACCCCCACACCUACUAGGUCCAGUGGGCAGGGACUAUGGGACCAGAAAUGUGGCAGAGGUGGGGGUCGUGGUGGAGGCCCUGGAAUCUGGGACCUCAUACACCUUCAUGUGGGCUGAAAGGAAUGGCAUUGGAGGUGACAGCUGGACCCUUUGUAUGUCCGUGGGUAAGACGGCAUCCUGUCUAGCCUGGCUGUGUGUUCUGCCUAGGUCUCACUCUUAGCCAGCUUGAGCUGUGCUCUUGAGGUCCCAACAGGCUUGAAACGUCUCUGACUGCUCUACUGUGUUGCUAUGGGCAUACCUCCCUAGCAACAACUUUAUCAGUGGUGCCUAGAGGGCUCACAUACUAUGUAGAAAACCUGAAAUAGACGCCCCCAUUCUCACUAAUAUUUUAUUUUUUUCUGAGAUGGAGUCACUGUUGCCCAGGCUGGAGUGCAGUGGCGCCAUCUAAGCUCACUCCAACCUCCACCGCCUGGGUUCAAGACUUUCUCCUGCCUCAGCCUCUUGAGUAGCUGGGACUCCAAGCACACACCACCACACCUGGCUCAUUUUUGUAUUUUCAAUAGAAAUGGGGUUUCACCAUGUUGGCCAGGCUGGUCUUGAGCUCCUGACCUCCAGUGAUCCGGCCGCCCCAGCCUCCCAAAGUGCUGGGAUUACAGGCGUGAGGCACUGUGCACGGUCCAUUCUGACUUCUAGUCGCUAAUCUGGAGAUGGUCACUUGGACUGCCAGCUCCAUCACCCUGAACGGGACAGCGCCCCAGGGCCAGGACCCUCAAGUCCAAACCUGCUUUGUGUGAUGUGCCCGGGUGGGCAUCCUGGAGAACAGCAAGAGCAUGCAGGACGCCAGAAUCACCACCAAGAGGCUGAAAGCCAAGCCCCGCUCCGCCUUCGCUGUGUGGGCCAGGUGUGACAGUGCUGACAUCGUGCACAGGAGGGGUUGGUAAUGGGGAGAGGGAGGAAGGAGAGAAGGGAGAAAAACAUCCAAGUGGUGGAGAGGAACGUGGCUCUCAGUAGCAUCUGACUCAAGGUCCUCCUCCCAAGGAAGAAGGGCAAAGGAUGCUGAAGAGUGAUGUGCUGAUGCCCUGGUAGGUGGUGUGUCUGCUCAUCUUCCACCCUUUAGACCCGUUCUACAAUCACUAUCUAAAAUUACAACUCCCAUGAGCCUCGGCCACACACUGUUGAUGUGGUAUGUAUGGUAUGACCCCACGGCCUGUUGGGACUUGUAGUCCAAGUGGCUCUCGCUGAACUCCAAGUCCGACAAACCCAGAACACAGAGGUAUUUGGAAAACCCUGCUGGCCAUGAUGUUGAAGGGCAGAGAAGCUGGUGCCAGUCCCCACGUCCAAGCAUUGGGUGCACCUGAAGAGGUAGGUCCUAACCCACUUCUGAUGCCCGCCUGUGGCCCAGACACAUCCACUGUCCGUUGACCUUAGAGAGACUCCCUUGUCCUUAUCUUUAUUUUAUUAAAAAAAAAAAAUUUUUUUUUGAGACAGAGCCUCGCUCUGUCACCAGGUAGGCUGGAGUGCAGUGGUGCGAUCUUGGCUCACUGCAACCUCUGCCUCCCAGGUUCAAGCAAUUCUCCUGCCUCAGCCUCCCAAGUAGCUGGGACUAAGGCGCCUGCCACCACGCUCAGCUAAUUUUUGUAUUUUAGUAGAGAUGGGGUUUCACUAUGUUGACCAGGAUGGUCUCAAUCACUUGACCUCGUGAUCCACCUGCCUUGGCCUCCCAAAAUGCUAGGAUUACAGGCGUGAGCCACCAUACCCGGCAAGUUUUUACUUUUUGAGAAGAAGCCUUACUCUGUUGCCCAGGCUGGAGUGCAGUGGCACGAUCUCAGCUCAUUGCAACCUCUGCUUCCUUGGCUCAAGUGAUUCUCAUGCGUCUGCCUCCUGAAUAGCUGGGAUUACAGGCACACACCAACAUGCUCAGUUAAUUUUUAUAUUUUUUUUAAGUAGAGAUGGGGUUUCUCCAUGUUGGCCAGGCUGGUCUUGAACUCCUGGUCGCAAACAGUUUGUCCACCUCAGCCUCCCCAAAUGCUGGGAUUCCAGGCGUGAGCCACCGCACCCAGCCCCUUGUCUUUUUAAAAUGCUCCUUUUUUUUUUGAAACAAAGCCUCACUGUCACCCAAGCUGUAGUGCAGUGGCAUGAUCUCCACUCACUGCAGCCUCUGCCUCCUGGGUUCAAGUGAUUCUCCUGCCUCAGCCUCCCCAGUAGCUGGGAUUACAGGUGCACACCACCAUGCCCAGCUAAUUUUUGUGUUUUGAGUAGAGAUGGAGUUUGAUCAUGUUGGCCAGGUUAGGCUCAAACUCUUGACCUCAGGUGAUCCGCCCACCUCAGCCUGCCAAAGUGGUGGGAUUACAGGUGUGAGCCAUCACGCCUGGCCCCUGUUGCACUUCUUGAAGUCAGCUCCACAAUCUCAGGCUGGGGCACCGAAUCAGGAAGAGAAUAUCAGGACAUAGACGUGACUGAUGGUCUAUUCUGAGAUGUGGCUGGUUCCAUGGAGAGCCUUAACCAGGGCUGACUAGAACAUGUCAGCGUCCGGGAACUCCGAGUAAAAGGAUUUGGGAGUGUGGGAACCGACACCCUCAUUCUGGGAUCUGAAUGGGGACGGGGAAGGGGCCCUGGAUUCCUGAGAGGAACUGUCCUGGCAGCCAUGACUCCCAUGUCCUAAGGGGAAGAGGAGCUGGGAGUCAUAUCCUAACUGUUUUUUUUUUUCUCUUUGUUGAGAUACAGCUUAGUUACAUUUAAUUGCAUCUUAAAGCAUACAUAUCAGUGAAAUGGUUUUUUAUUUUUAUUUUUGAAAUAGAGUCUUGCUUUGUUGCUCAGGCUGGAGUGCAAUGGCAUGACCUCAGCUCACUGCAACCUCCGCCUCCCAGGUUCAAGCAAUUCUCCUGCCUCCGCUUCCCGAAUAGCUGGCAUUACAGGCGCCUGCCACUGAGCCCAGCUAAUUUUUGUAUUUUUAGUAGAGAUGGUGUUUCACCAUGUUGGCCAGGCUGAUCUCGAACUCCUGACCUUGUGAUCCACCCGCCUUAGCCUCCCAAAGUGCUGAUUACAGGUAUGAGCCACUGCACCUGGCCCAAUGAAAUAGUUUUUGUGUAUACACAGUGUAAUCAAUGUAUAGAAUAUUUUCUGCAACUUAGGAGGCUCUCUUGUUUCCCCUCCAGUUUGAACCCCCCUGCCUCGAGAAUGACCACUCUCCUGAUCUUUAUCACCAUAAAUUAGUCUGUUCUUGAACCUUCUCUAAAUGGAACUAUACAGUAUGUAGUUGUUUGAGUCUAGCUUUCUUCACUCAACACUGUGGAUAAAAUGUGGAUCCACAUUGUGUGUUUUUAUUUCAUUUUUAUUUAUUUGUUUUUGAGAUGGAGUCUUGCUUUGUUGCCCAGGCUGGAGUGUGGUGGCACAAUCUUGGCUCAUGGCAGCCUCUGCCACCCAGGUUCAAGCGAUUCCUCUGCCUCAGCCUCCUGAGUAGCUGGGAUUACAGGCAUGCGCCACCGAGCCAGGUUAAUUUUUUUGUAUUUUUAGUAGAGGCGGGGUUUCAGCAUGUUGGCCAGGAUGGUCUCAAUUUCCUGACCUUGUGAUCCGCCCGCCUCGGCCUCCCAAAGCGCUGGGAUUACAGGCUUGAGCCACCGUGCCCGCCAUGUGUUUUUAUUUUUAUUGCUGUGUGGUAUUUAUCCUGUGAAUAUACCAUGUGUUGUUUCAUCCCUCCCUUCAUGAGCAUCUCACUGUUUCUGGUUUGGGGCUGUUAUGCAUACAGUUACCAUCAACAUUUCUGUCCUGUCUUUUGGAGCACACAGGAAGUUCUUUCCCUCAGGUGUCUGCCUAGCAGUGGAAUUGCUGAGUGAUGAUGUGCGUACCUUUGUCUUUGGUAGUUACCGAUGGAGCGUUUCUCAAAGCAGCUUACCAGUUUACCAUCCUGCCAGCAAGCUUCAUUUGCCCCAUAUUCUUGCAAAUAGUUGGUUGUCUUUUUCGUUUUAGUUCUUCUGCUGCAGCGUUCUGGUACUUCCUUAUGGUUUUAAUUUUCAUUAUGACUCACCUUCCCAUUUGUGUGUGUGUGUGUGUGUGUGUGUGGCCAUAUUGAUAUUAUUCUUGGUAAAGUGUCUCUUCAAGUCCAUUGCCCAUUAAAAAAAAUUGGGGCUGGGCUCGGUGGCUCACGCCUGUAAUCCCAGCACUUUGGGAGGCCGAGGCAGGUGGAUCAUGAGGUCAACAGAUCGAGACCGUUCUGGUCAACAUGGUGAAACCCCGUCUCUACUAAAAAUACAAAAAAUUAGCUGGGCAUGGCGGCUCGUGCCUGUAAUCCCAGCUACUCAGGAGGCUGAGGCAGGAGAAUUGCCUGAACCCAGGAGGCGGAGGUUACGGUGAGCCAAGAUCGCCCCAUUGCACUCCAGCCUGGGUAACAAGAGCGAAACUCCGCCUCAAAAAAAAAAAAUUGGGUCUUCUGCUUCCUUAGUUGGUUUGUAGGAGGUCUUUGAAAAGAUAAAGGGUACAGCUCUUUUGUCAGAUGUUUGUGUCACCAAGUGUCAUCAUUGCCUAGCUGUUUUUUGUUUUUUUGUUUUUGUUUUUUAGACAGAGUCUUGCUCUGCCACCCAGGCUAAAGUGCAGUGGCAUGAUCUCAGCUCACUGCAACCUCUGCCUCCUGGGUUCAAGCUAUUCUCCUGCCUCAGCCUCCUGAGUAGCUGGGAUUGCGGCACCUGCCACCAUGCCAAGCUAAUUUUUGUAUUUUUAGUAGAGAUGGAGUUUCACCGUGUUGGCCAGGCUGGUCUUGAACUCCUGAUCUCGUGAGCCCCCUGCCUUAGCCUCCCAAACUGCUGGGAUUACAAGCGUGAGCCACCACACCCAGCCCAUGGUCUAGUUUUUUUUUUUUUUUUAAGAUGGGCUUUCACUAUGUUGGUCAGGCUGGUCUUGAACUCCCAACCUCAGGUGAUCCACCCGCCUUGGCCUCCAAAGUGCUUGGAUUACAGGUGUGAGCCACUGCACCCGGCCUAAUUUUUUGUCAUUUAUUUAUUUAUUUAUUUUACAUGGCCUAGUUUUAACUCAGGGCUCUGCUAAACUGCAUGGGAUUGCGGGUGUAGAAGGGUUUGCUUUCUGAGAGGACUGCAGAGAUUUCCCCCACUCCCUUUCUCCAGCCUUCCCUUCUCUCAUAGAACCAAACGUAGGGAAUCUCUGUGUUUGUUUUUCUGCAGAGUGCAGAGUUACUGGAGGACUGAGAAGGGCUGUGCCAUGGUCUCCUCAGUGUCAAGAGAAACUGGGAUUUCCCUGACAAUGACAAACUUGUCCAGUGCGCUCCCAACACUGGACAGCAAUCCCGGGAGCUGCCAGAACCUAGAGGCCCAGAAAGGGCUGCAAAGGGGUAGAACCAAUGCUGUUUGUUCACCUCUCCCUCUGUGAUCAGGGGUCGAGCCUUCCUUGCUUUCUGCCGUGGUUUCACCCCUCAGUUCAGACUGUAACAACAGAAGAUCAGUAAAUACGUAAAAUGGAGACCUGAUCAAGCAGGAAAGUGGUGGCGACACACGUGUGUGAGUUCUGGAAAGUUUUUAGGACAGCCUCAUCCCUCACCUGGAUGCCCUGAUGAGCAUGGUAGGGAGGAAACCCACAGUCUGCCUUCCUCACUAUCCUACACUUCCUUAUUCCACGACACUGGCAAAAAUGACGUGGCCCAGCAUGCCUCCCAGAGCUGGCCUCUGUAGGAUGCUUCCUGCCUGUGAGAUGACUAAGAGCUAUGGUUCCUGGUCUUUCUGCCUCCUCGAUUCUGACCGUGAAUGCAGGAAGGUCGCUAGGAUUCUGGAUCACACUUGGGUCCUGGAAGGGUGAAAGGCAGGAACUCCAUGGUCCUUUUCCCUGAGCUGCCAACGCAUUCUUCCCCUGCCCCAUGUCAGCAUCCUCUGGGGAAUGGAACUGAGAAAACUUACUGUGUGUGUGGAAGAAGGAAUCUACCAAACCCAGUGCUCUCUGGGUUCUGAGCAGUGGGGGUGGGGGUGGGAUUGUGUUGUAGUUUUGAAUCAAGGCUUUGAAAGCACUUUAGGAGGCGAAGGCCGAUGGAUCACUUGAGGUCAGGAGUUCAACACCAGCCUGGCCAAUAUGUCAAAACCCCAUCUCUACUGAAAAUACAAAAAUUAGCUUGGCAUGGUAGUGGGUGCCAGUAAUCCCAGCUACUCGGGAGGCUGAGGCAGGAGAAUCACUUGAACCCAGGAGGUGGAGGUUGCAAUGAGCUGAGAUCGUGUCACUGCACUCCAGCCUGGGUGGCAGCAAGACUUUGUCUCAAAAAAAAAAAAAAAAGUCUUGAAAAAAAAGGAACAGAGGCAUCCACCUGAGGAAUAUAUCUUUUUCAGGGGGUGUAAAGCUCGUUCCUGCUAUAUGAACUGAAUUUCAUCCUCCUUCAAAAAUUCGUAAGUUGGAGUCGUAGCCUCCAGUACCUCAGAGUGUGAUUGUAUUUGCAGACAGAGUGUUUGGAGAAGUGAUUAAGUUAAAAUGAGGUGGAUGGAUCGCUUGAGCCCAGGAGUUUGAGAGUUUGAGAUCUACCGGAGCAACAUGAUGAGAACCCCAUCUCCAGUUUUUUUGUUUUUUUUUUUUUAAUUAGCCAGCCUGGUGUGGUGGCUCACAACUGUAAUCCCAGCACUUCGGGAGGCCAAGGCAGGAUCACUUGAGGUCAGGAGUUCAAGAUCAGCCUCGCCAAAAUGGCUAAAACCAGUCUCUACUUAAAAAUACAAAAAUUAGGGCAGGCUCGGUGGCUCAUGCCUGUAAUCCCAGCACUUUGGGAGGCUGAGCAGGGUGAAUCACCUGAGGUCAGGAGUUCAAGACCAGCCUGGCCAACAUGGUGAAAUCCCAUCUUAACUAAAAAUACAAAAAAUUAGCUGAGUGUGGUGGUGGGCACCUAUAAUCCCAGCUACUUCAGGAGGUGGAGGCAGGAGAGUUGCUUGAACCUGGGAGGCAGAGGUUUCAGUGAGCUGAGAUUGUGCCAUUGCACUCCAGCCUGGGUGACAGAGCAAGAUUCUGUCUCAAAAAAAAAAAAAAAAAAAAAAAUCAGCCAGGCAUGGUGGUAGGUUUUGGUAGGCUGAGGCAGGAGAAUCACUUGAAUUUGGGAGAUGGAAGUUGCAGUGAGCCAAGAUUGCACCACAGCACUCCAGCCUGGGCAGCAGAGCAAGACUAUGUCUCAAAAAAAGCCAGACAUGGAGGUAUGCCACUGUAGUCCCAGCUACACAGGAGGCUGGGUGGGAGGAUCACUUGAGCCCAGGAGGUCGAGGCUGCAGUGAGCUGUGUUCAUGCUGCUGCGCUCUUGCCACUAGGGUGGGCCACAAUCCAACCUGACUGGUGUCCUUAUCAGCAAAGGAGAUUAGGACACAUAUACACGGAGGACAAGGGAGAAGAUGGGCAUCCACAAGCCCAGGAGAGAAGCCUCAGGAGGAACCAACCCUGCCCGCAUCUUCAUCUUGGACCUCCAGCCUCCAGAGUGGUGAGAAAACAAACGUCUGUUGUUUGGGUCACCUGGUCUAUGCUAUUUGUUGUAGUAGCCCCAGCAAACGAAUAUACCAGUUUUUAUGGAAAACCCCACAGAGCCCAGAUUUCUGGGUUCUGAACAACUGGAGGAUGGAAUUUUCUCAUAAUUUGAUUUUUUUUUUUUUUUUUUUUUUGAGACAGAAUCUUGCUCUGUCACCAAGGCUGGAGUGCAGUGGCACGAUCUAGGCUCACUGCAACCUCUGCCUUCCAGAUUCAAGUGAUUCUCCUGCCUCAGCCUCUCGAGUAGCUGGGAUUACAGGCUUGUGCCUCAUACCUGGCUGAUUUUCGUGUUUUUAGUAGAGACAAGGUUUCACCAUGUUGGCCAGGCUGGCCUCGAACCCCUGACCUCAAGUGAUCCACCAACCUCAGCCUCCCACUGCUGCUAUUACAGGUGUGAGCUACUGAGCCCGGCCCAUAGUUAUUUUCUCAAGACUCAAAAAAGCUGUCGAUGAUCCCAUCUGGAGGAAAUAUGUUUUUUUCCAUGGGACGCUGAGGACGUCCUGCCUUCCCUCAUCCCCCACUGUCACUUUUCUGUUUAUUCCCACCACAAGUGCUGCUCUGAGGUGGAGGGCGCUUUGGCCCUGGGUUGGCAAGAUUCGCUAAAGACGUGUGUUGUGCUCUCUCCUGAGUCUGUGCCUUGUGGGGUUGGUGGGGCUUCCCCCCUCCCCGCACUUCCAGAAUCGCGUCAGCACCAAGGACAGAGCCAGGGAGCCUUGGCCGCAGGGACGGAGCCCCAGACGAGGCCGAGAAAAAGAGGAAGGGGCGGCCGGGCGCGGUGGCUCACGCCUAUAAUCCCAGCACUUUGGGAGGCCGAGGCGGGUGGAUUACGAAGUCAAGAGAUCGAAACCAUCCUGGUCAACAUGGUGAAACCCAGGAGGCGCAGGUUGCGGUGAGCCGAGAUCGUGCCAUUGCACUCCAGCCUGGGUAACAAGAGCGAAACUCUGUCUCAAAAAAAAAGGCAGGGUCGUCGUGCCCCGGAGCCUGUGACCGCCACAUCCUUGUUCGUUUCAGCCUUCAACCCCCACACAGACACCCAGUGAGCACUGUGUGCCACACGCAGGACUGAGAGGUGGAGGGUGGGAGGCAAUGGGUGUUAGCGCAGAGCCCGUGGAGGUGUUGAUUCAGAGGCAGUAACCCCGGUCAGGUCCCGGUUGGCCCCACCCAAGACCUUACUCUCCGACCUCAGGGCGCCGUCCAGUCUCUUCCUAUUCACGUGAGUGUGUGACAUCCCCCACAAUACAAGUGAAAAUUACCACUCCCCGCCUGCCUGGUGUUGGCAGCCCACCUCCAGGAGGCUCCCUGCCCUGACUCCUCAUUUCUUGCCUCAGUGCGGUGAGGGAGCUAGAGAACCCCAGCUCUCCAGCAAGAUGAUGAGUCAGGCCUGUGUCACUUCCUGGAUAUUUCAAUCCUGGCUCCCUGCAAGGCCAGGAAGAGGAAAAAUACGGGCUGGAUUCAGUAGAAACGGGCAACACAGGACACACCGUGAGGACAGUGCAAGCCGGAAAACCCGGGUGGGAAGAUGGACUGGUUCACCUGCAGUGAGAUCACAGAUCUAAUUGUGACCAGGAGUGGUGUGGCUCAUGCCUGUAAUCCCAGCAUGUUGGGAGGCCAAAGCAAUUAAAUCACAUGAGGUCAGGAGUUUGAGACCAGCUAGCCAACAUGGUGAAACCCUGUCUCUACUGAAAAUACAAAAAUUACCCAGGCAUGGUGGCGAACGCCUGUAGUCCCAGCUACUUGGGAGGCCAAGGCAGGAGAAUCCCUUGAACCAGGGAGGUGGAGGUUGCAGGAGGGCAGAGGUUGCAGUGAGGUGAGAUCACACCACUGCACUCCAGCCUGGGUGACAGAACGAGACUCGGUCUCAAAGAAAAAAAAUACCGAAUCUUGGAUUAGAGUCCAGGGAAAGAGGGAGUGGAGUAAGCUUACAUGAAAACGCAGAGCAGAUUCCUGAGUGUCAUGUGACACACGUGAUCACAUUUAGAUGAAGGGAUAUUUCCUGAGGUUCCAUCAGUGUCUGGGUGUGGAGUUGGCCUGAUGUUCCCUGAGAUGAAUAGACUUGUCUCUACCCUGAAGAAGCUUCUUACACUCUGAUAAAAGAACGGAGAAGUAGGCACAGCCACAGAUAAUGUUAUGAGUAUUACGGUAAGAGACUUGUUUAGCUUGGCUCCAAACAUAGGAGGGGAUAGCCAACUGUAUCUGGGGUCAGCCAGAAAUGGACAGAGAAGUAGGCCCUGGCUGCUGGAGAAAGACUUUACCAGGCAGAAGAAACAGCGUGUACAAAGGCCCUGGGGUUUGAAUCAGCCUGGAGUGUUAAGAAAAACACAGGGGGCCAGGCGUGGUGGCUCACGCCCGUAAUCCCAACAUUUUGGGAGGCCGAGGUGGGUGGAUCACGAGGUCCAGAGAUCGAGACCGUACUGGUCAGCACGGUGAAACCCCGUCUCUACUAAAAAUACAAAAAAUUAGCUGGGCAUGGUGGCGCGUGCCUGUAAUCCCAGCUACUCAGGAGGCUGAGGCAGGAGAAUUGCCUGAACCCAGGAGGCGGAGGUUGCGGUGAGCUGAGAUCGCGCCAUUGCACUCCAGCCUGGGUAACGAGUGAAACUCCUUCUAAAAAUAAAUAAAUAAAUAAAUAAAAACACGUAUGGACAUCUGUGUAUCUGGAGUAAAGAUAGGAGAAGAGGCUGGUGAGGUGGGCAGAGAGCAGAUCAGACAGAACUCCAAUGUCAAGGUAAAGACAUCAUUCAUUCCUUCAUUCAACUAAUCUUGCUGAUAAAUGAAUAAGCACCCAUAAGUGUCCACUCCGGCGAGGAUGAACGGCUACCCAGGAGUGAGGGGGAACAGUGUGAUGUCUUAUGGGUUGACAAGGUGACUGAGGUCCCAGACAACCUAAAGGGAACCAAAGUGUGCUUCCAUCCCUGUUGGAUUAGAGGAAACCCUUCUUUCAGGCUAACUUCUAUAGGCAAAAAGCCUUUUCCAGUUCAUUAACUCAAUAUCAAGUGCCGGGGGCUGUGUUGAUUUGAUGAAGACCAGCCACCCCUGAAGGUAUCACUUGAUUAACAUUUCUUUCUUUUUUUUUUUUUUCUGAGACAGUUUCGCUCUUGUUCCCCAGGCUGGAGUGCAAUGGCGCAAUCUCGGCUCACCGCAACCUCCGCCUCCUGGGUUCAGGCAAUUCUCCUGCCUCAGCCUCUGAGUAACUGGGAUUACAGGCACACGCCACCAUGCCCAGCUGAUUUUUUGUAUUUUUAGUAGAGACAGGGUUUCACCAUGUUGACCAGGAUGGUCUCGAUCUCUUGACCUCGUGAUCCACCCACCUUGGCCUCCCAAAGUGCUGGGAUUACAUGCUUGAGCCACCGCGCCUGGCCUUGAUUAACAUUUCUUACCUCUGUCUUCCAAGAUCCAUCAGCUCCUGCAUGGAUUUAUCAUGUGAAUCAAAGGAUAAUGUUACAGGAAUCACCCUCCCAUGCCCCCCCGUGUCUUCUAAGACUUGUUUCUGGCUCUAAUCUCUGUUAUUCCCUGGGUUGACUAUUUGGGAAGGAUGGUACUAUGGUUUGGAUGUGUGUCCCCAGCAAAUCUCAUGUUGAAAUGUAAUCCACAAUGUUGGAGGUGGAACUUGGUGAGAGGUGUUUGGAUGAUGGAAGUGGACCACUCCUGAAUAGUUUAGUACCAUUCCCAUGGUGAUGAGUGAGCUCACAAGAGAGCUGGUUAUUUAAAACUGUGUGGCGGGCUGGGCGCGGUGGCUCACGCCUGUAAUCCCAGCACUUUGGGAGGCCGAGGCGGGUGGAUCACGAGGUCAAGAGAUCGAGACCAUCCCGGUCAGAAUGCUGAAACCCCGUCUCUACUAAAAAUACAAAAAAUUAGCUGGGCAUGGUGGCGUGUGCCUGUAAUCCCAGCUACUCAGGAGGCUGAGGCAGGAGAAUUGCCUGAACCCAGGAGGCGGAGGUUGCGGUGAGCCGAGAUCGCGCCAUUGCACUCCAGCCUGGGUAACAAGAGCGAAACUCCGUCUCAAAAAAAAAAAAAAAAAAACAAAACUGUGUGGCAAGGCAGGUGCGGUGGCUCACGCCUGUAAUCCCAGCACUUUGUGAGGCCAAAACGGGUGGAUUGCCUGAGGUCAGGAGUUUGAGACAACCCUGGCCAACAUGGUGAAACCCCAACUCUACUAAAAAUACAAAAAUUAUCUGCGAGUUGAACCCAGGAGGUGGAGUUGCAGUGAGCCAAAAUGGUACCAGUGCACCCCAGACGGAGCAACAGAGGGAGACUCCAUUAAAAAAAAUAAUAAUAAUAGAAUAAAAAGUGAGUGUGUAGCACCUCCUCCUCUCCCUCUUGCUCCUCUUGCUUUUGGCCUGUUUUGUGCCUGCUCCCUCUUCACCUUCUGCCAUGAGUAAAACAGCUCCCCGAGGCCUCCCCAGAAGCUGAGAAGACACCAGCACCACCUGCUGAACUGCGAGCCAAUGACAUCUCUUCCUUAUAAAUCACCCAGUCUUAGCUGGGUGUGGUGGCUCACGCCUGUAAUCCCAGCACUUUGGGAGGCUGACAUGGGCAGAUCACAAUGUCAGGAGUUUGAGACCAGCCUGGCCAAUAUGGUGAAACCCCGUCUCUACUAAAAUACAAAAUUUUUGUAAAAGUACAAGCCAGCUGUGGUGGUGCUCGCCUGUAGUGUCAGCUACUUGGGAGGCCGAGGCAGAAGAAUAACUUGAACCCGGGAGGCGGAAGUUGCAGUGAGCCGAGAUCAUGCCACUGCACUCCAGUCUGGGCAACAGAGUGAGACUCCGUCUCAAAAAUAAAUAAAUAAGUAACCCAGUCUCAGGCAUUUCUUUACAGCAAUGAAAGGAUGGUCUAAUACAGAUGGGGGACUUUCUAGGGGUUUCCAUUUCUUCUUCGCACCAUCAAAGUUUUCAUAUUACAGGUCAGAGAAGCCAAAGCAUUGUGUCUGCCAUUUUAUAAGUACGUCGAUUUCAACUACACUCUCAAGUCCUGAGAAAGGAGCCUCACAGGGUCUCUAAGUCCCCUUGACCCACUGUAUGAUGGUCUUUAGGUGAAUCCUCCAUUUGUCAGCUGACACCCCCAAGCACACCAGUCAGACCAUGAUUCACAGUGACCUUUGUGUGCCUAUCGAUUAGGGUUGAUUCAGAGUCAGAGUCCAGUAAUCCUUUCUCUAAUCCCCAGUGACCAUGGACAUUGGCCUUUAGGAAAAACGUGGAGGAAGGUUUAUGGUAUAUACUUGGACAAGCAUCAGUGAGUCCUCCCUGGCGGAAAAGCAUCCCUUACAUGGAAGGGGUUCCAACACUGAGAACUGGCUCAGGGCUGGUAACAAGUGUGACGCUUUCUGGGUGGAUGUGCUGGUGCCUCACCCAGAGCUCCUCUGCAGGUACCGAACACUCAUUUCUAGGCACUGUUGCUGCUUGCAGAUGCCACAUUCUCAAGAGACUUGCUCUUGGCUGGGUGCCGUGGCUCACACCUAUAAUCCCAGCACGUUGGGAGGCCGAGGCAGGCAGACUGCAUGAGGUCAGGAGUUCUAGACCAGCCUGGCCAACAUGGUGAAAUCCUAUCUCUAUUAAAAAUACAAAACCUAGCUGGGUGCGUGCCUAUAAUCCCAGCUACUCAGGAGGCUGAGGCAGCGGAAUUACUUUAACACAGGAGGUGGAGGUUAUAGUGAGCCAAGAUGGUGCCACUGCACUCCAGCCUGGGUAACAGCAGAGAGUGAGACUUCAUCUAAAAAAAACAAAAAACUAGAGACUUGCUCUUUACCUGAAAGGAACAUGUUUUACUAGCUAGGAAGGUCCUAAAAGUCUCACCCCUGGAAAAGCCCAUAGACAGAGAUUAGAGGCUAAAAGUUCAGAUCCCGUCUCUGUGACGGGGUCCCUCUGAAGUCAUAGCCUCACCUGGCUCCUUACUCUUCCCCGUACUGCUUUUGUCACUCUUUUUCUUCUGAAAGCAAACUCUCAAACAGUUCAUCAGCAUCUGAAUCCUCGUCUCAGGCUCUGCUUCUGGGAAACCCGAGCCAAGGCCCUGUGCUGCCCCACUGUGGUGACUCAAGUCUGGUUCUUGCUCAGCAGACCUGGGGAUGGUAUCAUUCCGGAGACCAAGUACCACCGUCUUGGUGGCGUCUCAUCACA